GAAGGGCUCUGGUCGUAAAGGGUGAUGUCAGUUUGUUCAGACUUCAGUUUGAGCUCCACACAGCAGGACGUCUGAGGCAGGUGUUUUGCUCUCAGAUUGAGAAGAUGAGUGAUUUAGGAGAAGCAGAGGACAGAGCAGUGUCUCCGGUCCCCAGCUGUCUGUCCAUGCAGAGUGAUCAGUCCAAAGGAAACCCUCUACACUUCAGUGAUGAAGCUGAACCCUCAGACACACAACAGAAAACAGAGUCUCCAGUAUCCAGCUCUCUGUCCAUGAAGAGUGACUUUUCCAAAGAGGAACCUCCAUACUUCAGUAAUGAACCUGGACCCUCAGACACAAAGCAUCAUGGGAGACGGUUUCUACUACAGAAAACAGAGUCUCCAGUAUCCAGCUCUCUGUCCAUGAAGAGUGACUUUUCCAAAGAGGAACCUCCAUACUUCAGUAAUGAACCUGGACCCUCAGACACAAAGCAUCAUGGGAGACGGUUUCUACUACAGAAAACAGAGUCUCCAGUAUCCAGCUCUCUGUCCAUGAAGAGUGACUUUUCCAAAGAGGAACCUCCAUACUUCAGUAAUGAACCUGGACCCUCAGACACAAAGCAUCAUGGGAGACGGUUUCUACUAGAGAAGAAGAAGAGGACUCAUGCUUCUGUAGUGGAACAGUCGUCCUGCUGUGCUUUGUGUCAGGACGUCCUGAAGGAUCCAGUCUCUACCAGCUGUGGACACUGGUUUUGCAGACAGUGCAUCACCUCCUACUGGGACCAGUUGUCUUCAUCAGGAGACUACUCCUGUCCCCAGUGUGGACAGAGAUCCAGAACAAGAGCUGGAUUGCAGACAGCCAGUCAGACCAGCAUUGUACAAAUGGACAGUGGUCUGCAGGAGGUUUUAGAUGAACAUAAGAUCAGUCUGAAGAGGAGAUGUGAACGUGUGACUGAAGGAACUGAUGAAACAGGAAGUGAAACCUGCCUCAACAGGAUCUACACUGAGCUCUACAUCACAGAGGGACAGAGUGAAGAGGUUAAUACCCAACAUGAGGUGAGGCAGCUUGAGACAACUUCCAAGAUGAAGACCCUCCAUGACACUCCAAUCAAGUGUCAUGACAUCUUUAAAGCCUUACCUGGUCAACAGAAACACAUCAGAGUCGUUCUGACCAACGGCGUCGCUGGCGUUGGAAAAACCUUCUCCGUACGGAAGUUUACUCUGGACUGGGCCGAGGGUUUGGAAAACCAAGAUGUCAGUCUGGUGAUUCCGCUUUCAUUCAGGGAAUUAAACUUGAUCAGAGAUGAGAAGUACAGUCUUCUCAAGCUGCUCCGUGUUUUCCAUCCAACAUUACAGAAGGUCACAGCAGAGGAGCUCGCUGUCUGGAAAGUUCUGUUCAUCUUUGACGGCCUGGAUGAAAACAGACUGUCAUUGGAUUUCAAGAACAAGAGGGUCGUGUCUGAUGUCACACAGAAGUCAUCAGUCAACAUGCUGUUGACAAACCUCAUCCAGGGGAAGCUGCUUCCCUCGGCUCUGGUCUGGAUAACUUCCCGACCUGCAGCAGCCAGUCAGAUCCCUCCUGCAUGUGUUGACAGGGUAACAGAAGUACGAGGCUUCACUGACGCCCAGAAGGACGAGUACUUCAGGAGGAGAGUCAGUGAUGAAGAGCUGUCCAGCAAAACUAUCUCCCAUAUCAAGACCUCCAGGAGCCUCCACAUCAUGUGUCUAAUCCCAGUCUUCUGCUGGAUCACUGCUACAGUUCUGGAUCACAUGUUGACUACAGAGCAGAGCGGAGAGCUGCCCAAGACCCUGACUGAUAUGUAUUCACACUUCCUGCUGGUUCAGACAAAGAGAAAGAAGCAGAAGUAUGAUGAGGGACAAGAGACAAGUCCUCAGGAGCUGACGAAGGCUGACAAGGAAGUUCUUCUGAAGCUGGGGAGGCUGGCGUUCGAACAGCUGGAGAAAGGAAACAUCAUGUUCUACCAAGAAGACCUGGAGAAGUGUGGUCUGGAUGUCACAGAGGCCUCUGUGUUCUCAGGAAUUUGUACAGAGAUCUUCAAAAAAGAAAGUGUGAUCUUUGGUAAAACUGUCUACAGCUUUGUUCAUCUGAGCGUUCAGGAGUUUCUAGCUGCAGUCUACCUGUUCCACUGUUACACAAACAAGAACACAGAGCUACUGAGGGCUUUUUUUGGGGAAAAGAAGAGCCACUCAUCCCAGAAAAGGUCUGACACAGUCUCAUCACUGGAUGACUUCCUGAAGAGAGCUAUGGAAAAAUCCCUCAAAAGUAAAAAUGGCCACCUGGACCUGUGUGUUCGCUUCCUUUAUGGCCUUGCUCUAGAGUCCAACCAGAGGCUCUUAGGAGGCCUGCUGGGUCCGACAAACAACAGUCCACAAGUCAUCCAGAGAGCCAUGAACGACCUGAAGAAGAUGAACCUGGACAAGAUCUCUCCUGACAGAAGCAUCAACAUCUUCCACUGUCUGACGGAGAUGAACGACCACUCAGUUCAUCAGGAGAUCCAAGAGUUCUUGAAGUCAGGAAGCAGAUCGAAGAAGGAACUCUCUGUGAUCCACUGCUCAGCUCUGGCCUACAUGCUUCAGAUGUCAGAGGAGGUUCUGGACGAGUUGGACCUGAAGAAGUACAACACAUCAGAGGACGGACGACUGAGACUGAUUCCAGCUGUGAGGAACUGCAGAAAGGCUGUGUAA